CUCGACCUGUGGACCAGUGAUCCUGCUCGACCAGCCAGAUGGCUGGCGCCCACCAAGGCGAUGCGAGCCAGCUCGCCGCUCGGGUCGCUGCGCUCGAGGAGACGGUGGCAAUGCUUGUGGCCAAGCUUUCUGCUGUGCAGCCUGCGCCGCCAUCGCCGCCACCGCCGCCACCGCCGCCACCGCCGCCACCGCCGCCUCCGCCGCCACCGCCGCCACCGCCGCCACCGCCGCCACCGCCGCCGUCCGACCGCCACCCAAGCGCUCCCGGGCAUUCGAGUCGCCAGCCGUCCGACCGCCAGCCAGCGCAGCUGCAGCCCCUGGCGGUGCCGAGCGGGCUCCACUGGCAAGUGGUGCGCUUCGUCGAGCGGAACGACGCAGAGGUGCUCGCCCAGCAGCCGGCGAGGCACACGGUCGUGGACACCCUCGCGCGCCGACUCGCUUCCGAGUGGCCCUACGCGCAGCUGGUCUGCUACGGCAGCCGCUGGUGUAGCCUCGCGACUCCUGAGUCGGACAUCGACUGCGUCGUGCUCAACCCGCCGCCGCUCGAGCUUCCUGCGGCCAUCUACGCGCUGCGCGCAAUCUUCGAGCGCGAGGCGGCGGUCGUCGGCAGCGUCGCCAUCGCGGGCGCCUCCGUCCCCAUACUCAAGCUCCAGGUCGCCGCCGAGCACGCCGCGAGGGAGCGGCACGGCCGACCGCUGCUGCUGCAGGUCGACCUCUCUCUCUCGAACGGGCCGGUACACCACGGGCUCACGGCGACGCACAUCGCCGCCGGCGAGGUCGAGGCGAGGCCGGCCGUGCGCGCGCUCACCGUCGUGCUCAAGGCGUACAUGGCGCAGCUCGCGCUCAACCAGACCUACACGGGCGGGCUCUGCUCGCACGCGCUCUUCCUCCUCGCCCGCGCCUACAUCGUCGCCGCCGGCGUUGGCACCGACGGCUGCGGCUCGGUCGACCUCGGCCGCGCCCUGCUCGGUUUCCUCGAGUACUACGGCACUGCGUUCGACCCGGCCACGACGCUGGUCAGGUGGGGGUCGGACCCGUUCGCGAGGAGGCCGCCGCUCGCCGCCGCGCGCGGCUACCCUCCGCCGCCGCUCUGCGUCGAGGGCGUGGACCCGGGCAGCCGCAACGUUGGCAGCAAGGCCUUCUCCAUCUCGAGCUGCCUCGCCGCCUUUCGGCGCGCGCACGCCUCCCUCCUCUCCGGCGCGUGCCUCGACGAGGGGCACGCCACCGAGUGGGAGUUGCUGCAGGAGGGGGCGGUGGAGCGGUUGAGGCAUGACUUGCUCGAGCAGUCUGGCAGCGUGGCUGCGCUCAAGGGCUUGGUCGAGAAGCAGCUGCGCGAGCAGCAGGACGUGGCCGCCGUGCUGCAGGCGCACACUCGCGUCAUCAUGCGCGAGGUCUGCAAGUGGACGCGAGGCUACAUCGAGAUCCGCCUCUCCGACUUUGCGCUGCCGCCGCUCGCGGCGCGCGACGCCGAGCCGAAGCAGGUGGAGGCGGCGAGCGACGAGACCUGA